AUGCAAUCAUCCUCAAUUAGAGAUGGCCACGUUCAGCACGAAGAAGAACACGGUUUAUUUGCGUGCAAAUCCUUCAUCGAUUUGCCGNUAAGUGCACGAAUAGAACAAGUCAAAAAGAAGAAAGCUUGUUUAAACUGUUUAAAGUUAGGUCACAUUGCAGUAAAUUGCAAGUCACAAAAAUGUCGCAAGUNUGGAAAGUCUCAUAACACGUUACUGCAUUUGGAAAGAGUCGAAAAUCAUGAAGAAUUGAANAACAAUAAAACACCAACGCAAGAAGCCCAAGCGGAAAGUAGGGAAACNAAGGAAAUCGUAUCAGCGCACGUCACGACAAGCAAGAUUACACGUGUACUACCCACGGCAGUUGUCAAGAUAAUUGCAGGAAAUGGACAAGUGCACAGGUGCAACGUACUUCUUGAUUCAGGCUCUCAAUCCAAUUUUAUGACACUGGGCCUGUGCAACUCGUUAGGCCUUCGUACCGUCAAAACAGAUACCACAGUAACCGGCAUAAGUCGAACAGAAACCAGAAUCCAAGAGACAGCAAAGGCGACUAUCAAGUCAACACACAGUGACUACAAAGCAGAACUUGUGUUUAUGAUAGUUCCCAAAAUCACAUCGUAUUUACCCAGCGAGCCGUUGGAUCUCGAGAAGACAAACAUCCCGAAUAACGUUCCUCUUGCUGAUCCACACUUCCACAAGCCAAAGAGAAUACAGUUGUUAAUCGGUAUUGAUCUCUUUUGGGAUUUGAUUUGCUAUGAGCCCACAGGGCAUCCUUAUUUGCAUAAGACGAAACUGGGCUAUAUCGUCUCCGGAAAGCUACAACAGGAAUGUGUCAACAAUGCCUUACUAGCCUGCAAUUUGUCAACCAACAUAAGCGAUGUCUCUCAGUUAGAACGCUUUUGGGAGGUUGAAGAAGUAUCACAUAGCCGCAUUCUAUCGCCAGAAGAGCAGGCAUGUGAGACCCUUUUUCUUGAAUCAACUAAGCGCGACAACAGCGGUCGAUUUAUCGUGUCCAUUCCGUUCAAAUCGUCUCCCGAUAAAUUGGGGGACUCUAAAGAAUUAGCCAUACGACGGCUAAAGGCAUUAGAGAGCAGAUUGCAAAGAAAUGAGGCCAUGCGGCAUCAGUACAUAGACUUCAUGAGAAAAUAUGAAGAACUAGGUCAUAUGAGAAAAGUCGUCGAUGAUAGUCCUGCAACUCCAUUGUAUUAUCUGCCUCAUCACGGUGUGAUGAAGGAAAACAGUCUCACAACAAAGUUACGCGUUGUUUUCAACGCUUCAGCACCUACGACAACGGGCCUAUCGCUCAACGACAUACAGAUGGUUGGACCUACCAUACAACAAGACUUGUUAUCAAUCCUUUUGUGUUUCAGGCAACGUCCAUACGUAGUGGGGGCUGAUAUUGCUAUGAUGUACCGUCAGGUGCUCAUCGAACCGUCUCAAUGCGUCUUUCAACGCAUACUUUGGAGAGAAAAUCCGUCCGACNCAGUUGAGACAUACGAAUUGCGUACGGUUACUUACGGAAUGGCCUCCAGUGCCUUUCUGGCCAUCAGGUGUUUGUUCAGCCUGGCUGAGGAGUAUCAGGAAUCCUUCCCCGAGGCGGCAAACAUUGUACGCAAAUCUAUGUACGUAGACGACUUGUUAUUUGGAGCGCCGUCACGUGCGGAGGCAGUUCGGCUCAUUGGCGUGACACGUAUUUUGGCGACUGGAUGCUUUGAGUUGAGAAAGUGGGUAUCCAACGACUCACAGCUACUAGAAACAAUCGGAAGAUCCGGUGAUAGUCACCAGUUCAUCAAGCUAGGUGAGACUGAAACCACAAAAACCUUAGGAUUAUUAUGGUCUGCUGGCAAAGACGAACUGAUUUAUCAUGUCACAUUGGAUGAUGGCCACGAACCAACCACGAAACGUUCUGUCUUGUCGCUAAUAGCGCGGCUUUUUGACCCGUUGGGACUUCUGGGUCCAAGCAUUAUAAUUACCAAGAUGAUGUUGCAAAGGUUGUGGAAACUAAAACUCGCAUGGGACGAUCCGCUCCCGUCGGAAUUGCAGUCUGANUGGGCGCUGUUUGCCAAUCAACUUACAGUACUCAAUGACCUUCGUAUUCCACGACAGGUCUGUUGCUCGUCCCCACGACGAGUCGAAAUACAUGGGUUUGCGGACGCUAGUGAACGGGCCUACGGCGGUUGCGUUUACAUAAGGUCUACGGAUGAAGCGUCAUCAGUUUCUGUCCGUUUGUUGUGCGCCAAAUCAAGAGUCGCUUCCCUGAAGCCACUCACAAUACCAAAGUUGGAGUUAAGCGCUGCUCACGUCCUAGUGAAUUUGGUAACCAAAAUCAAGUCAUCUUUGGAUGUGAAUGUUGAUUCCGUUUACUACUGGAGCGAUUCAGUUAUUUGCCUAAGUUGGAUACAACUUGAACCUCAUCGUCUUCAAGUGUUUGUCCGCAAUCGGGUGUCUGAUAUUCAAGUGCAGUCUCAUCGGAACAAUUGGAAGUAUGUCUCAUCCUCUAAUAAUCCCGCGGACUUGUUAUCAAGAGGUAUCUACCCCGGGUCGUUGUCCCAGUCAUGUCUCUGGUGGCAUGGACCAGCCUGGCUAGUAGAGUCUGAAAGUCAUUGGCCAACUCAAAUCGGUUGCGUAACUACUGACCUACCCGAGCUAAGAGAUACAGCUUCGAACACUUUACACAUCGUAACAACCAACCACAUCAUUCCGUUCGAAAGAUACUCCACGCUGGAAAAGUUGGAGAGAGUAGUAGCCUUUUGCGUAAGGUUUGUAAACAUACGAGUGCAUAAAUUAUCCAACAAAGGCACGCUUAGCGCGCAGGAAAUACGGCAGGCAACCACUAUAUUGGUGAGGUUGUCACAACAGGAGUCGUUUCCAGAGGAAUAUAGUGCGUUGGCCGCGAAUAAAGAUAUAUCUACGCAGAGCAAGAUUCUCGGCUUAAAACCUUUUUUGCAUUCCGAUAAUACCAUACGGGUGGGAGGUCGAUUGGGACGAUCUGACUUUAGUUUUGACAAGAAGCAUCCCAUGGUACUUUUGUCUAGGCAUCAUCUAACUAAACUCAUUUUCCAGAGCGAGCAUAAACGGCUUCUGCAUGCUGGCCCUCAACUAUUGUUGGCUCAUGUUAGAGAGACGUACUGGCCUAUUGCUGGUCGAAGCUUAGCCCGUCACGUUGUACACCAGUGCGUUCGUUGUUUUCGUAACAANCCUAAGACAAUCACACNACAGAUGGCUGACUUACCGUCCGAUCGCGUAACGCCCACUCCCGUUUUCUAUAACACUGGCGUGGAUUAUGCCGGGCCCUUUGUGACAAAGGAUAGAAAGGGAAGAGGCUGUAAAACCUACAAGUCCUACAUCUGCCUGUUUAUUUGCAUGGCUACAAAGGCCAUUCAUCUGGAAUUGGUUUCCGAUCUCACUACGGAGAACUUCAUCAUGGCGCUUCGUAGAUUUGUUGGUCGUAAGGGGAGACCUGCGAAAAUAUCUUCCGAUAACGGCACCAAUUUUGUUGGAGCUCACUCUGAGUUGAACCGCCUCGGAGAGUUUAUCCAGGAGAACGAGAGACAACUACAAGAUCAACUUGUGACAGAGAGAAUUAACUGGAACUUUAUUCCCUCCUAUUCACCGCACUUUGGUGGUAUUUGGGAAGCAGGAGUAAGGUCUACUAAGCAUCAUUUGAAGAGAGUCGUGGGAAACGCAUUGCUAACCUUUGAGGAGUUCUACAGCCUGUUGGUGCAAAUCGAGUCCGUGUUGAACUCACGCCCUCUCUCACCCAUGUCGUCCCAUCCAAUGGAUUUGCAAUCACUCACGCCAGCUCAUUUCAUCACCGGAGGUUCGUUGACGACCAUACCUUAUCCAGAUGUAACUGACGUCCCGGAGACGCGGCUGUCUCGGUAUCAAAGGGUUCAGCAGAUGCAACAGAACUUUUGGAAGCGUUGGUCCAAGGAGUUCAUUUCUGAACUGCAGUAUCGUACCAAGUAG